UUCAUAAUCAAGAGGAAGCACCGAUGCUGUUUUUUAAACAUGGAGCUAAAGUUGGAGGUGGUUUUGUCAUCCAGCAUCAAACGGAAGAAACCAUGGCCGCGGUUCUGUUGGCUGGGGAAGGAGAAGGAGUCUGUGUUCCUGUUAGAUGACAAACGGAUCAGUGAGAUCAACAUGGUGUCUGGUCGCACCAAGAAGAGGACUCCGAAACUCCAUCCUUUGCUCAACAGUGUGGUGACAAUGGCUUCAUCUCACAACGGUAUGUGGCUUUGUGGACUUUUGGUCUCGGGAGAGCUGUUUCUGUGGAACAGGGAUAAAGACUUGUUGAAGACUGCUGCAGCAGCACCACCAGAAGUAGUUCAUAUGAUUACUGCCAUUCAAGGUAUGCACAGCACAGGCAAUACCACACGACUGUCACUCCAAGUUUCAGGGGAUGGGAUGCGUGUGGUCCUGGUAGCCAUAACAGGGCUAGUGUUCCUGUGGGAGUGUAUGGAUGUCAGGGAUUUGACAGGGGUACGUGAUGGCACAGUUAAGGGACACUGGUCACAUAUACUUCCCCUUGAAGACUCCAUUCUGCCUUCUUCACAAGACAAAGAAGCAUCCCAACACACCAUCUUCGUCAAGACAGAGGUUGUGGGUGAUGCUUGCUUAUCAGCCUUUGUUUUCACAUCUGGGAAGAAGCUAAUCAUCACUUGCCUGAAAAUUCAAUGGGAAGAGGGUCAUGUGAGAGUGGGUUCUGUGGGAUACGGCAUACAGUGGGCCACCAAGACAUACCCUUUGUCUCGUCUCACUCCACCAUGCCAACCAGUGAAGUCCAGAGGAGCCUUGUUGCUGGCCUUCUCCCCAGAUGGCCGACUGUUAGCUGUUGUCCUGAACCAGAGGCAGCCUAAGGCUACACAGGUCCUCUUUGUAAGCACAGAGAAUUUUGUCUCUCUGUCGAGUGCCCUUGGAGGAUGUGGAAGCAAGAAAAUGGAGAUCCCCUCUAAAUAUAUAAGGUCUUACUGGGUGGGCAGUGUGAGCUGGUCAGUGGGUGGUCUUUUCCUGGCCUGUGUUUUGAAGAGAGGCUCCCUUCUUAUGGUUUCUCGCCUUGGGAGGCUUCUCACUCUAACAAGCUGUGGUUGCAAUGUUGACUUUGGGCCUGCACACUUCCUACCCCUGCACCCUCUUGUCACGUACCGGCCGCCAGUGUCGGCAGGGAAGGCAGAUGCCUCUCUGUCCAGCUCCAGCAUGUCAUUGCGGGAUGUCCUGAGGCAGCGGUUUUCUGUGACUUGGCAUCCACGGUUGUUGUAUCUUAUUGUGUCUGAUGGCUACAUGGCCACAGUUAUGAGGGUGCUAGAUAGGCCUUCUCCUGCCCUGUUGCUGAAAGCACUUCUAAAGGACACAAGCAGAGACCUUGAGAAAGCCAGCCGGAUACUGGAUAAAUCCCAGGUUCAUGUGAGAGAAUGGCUUGAGUACGUAUCUUGCCUGAAUCUGGAUGGCAACCUUGAGCUGUUCAACCCCAUUAUUACACAUGGGCCCAGACCCACAGACUCUGUCCUUUCAGCAGCCACAGAUGGAUCCACCUUGCCACUUUUUCUGCAGGACCAGGGGACGUUGGGUGGUACCAAGGAGAUUCUUGAAAAAGUGCAGACUUUCUUUGAGGAGGACUCUGAUUUAGAUGGAGCUCCUGCUGGUUCUCAUGUGGAGGAUGGUGGCCGUCUGGAGUAUGCCUCAAUGUUUGACACACUCCACGCCCUGGACACUCAGACUUACAGCGGGCUUGUCUCUAACUCAGAUUAUGAAAAGGACUUGGUUGAAGCAGAGAGGAAGAAUCCUCUUCUUCAUCGGGAGCUUGGGAAAAUCCGGACUAAGUUGUUAACAGCCUGGGCUUUUGGCAUGUCUUUAGGAAAUUCUGUGGAAAACAGAACUUGCCUGCUGAAGCAUACCCUCUACUGUGUGGUGCGAUUUGCUGCUUUACUCCACUUGAUCCCCGGCUCUGUGGUCCACACAGGGAAAAAGAAUACCUCUGUUUCUGCUUGCCUCCUGCACCUUCUCAGAGACCUUCUCUCCUUUCUUCCCUGGGAUAGCACUCACUCAGAUGGGCCACGCUGCCUGGGCCUGAUGGUAGAGCUCAGUAAACGGCUCAUACGUCUUCUGCUGACCCCUCACCCUGAGUCCCACCAGACUGGUCACUGUCAGUUAUCAUCUCACAGUCUAUCCACAGUCCUGCUUAUCUUGCAGCAGGUCUCUGAUUCUCUUGACCACACCUACAGCCGGCUGCAAAAAACUGUCUGGUCCUCUGCAGAGAAGGGGUCCCAGCCACCACAGCUCUGGCCUACAGAUGUAUACCACGUGCCUCUGUUGCAGGAUGAUAAGGAGGAGAAACCCACUUUUGUACAUCAGGCACGACCUGUUCCCCAGCGACCAUCCAGCAGAUUGUUGGGGGUGUGGCAGUGGGUCUACAAGGUCACCCAGCAGUAUAUGGAGGAACUGAUAAGCUUCAAAGGCUGUGAUGGCUGGGAGGAGGAACAGCAAGAGUUGUUUGCCAUCAUGUCCCAGAUCCAAACAGCUCUGCAGGCUACAGGAGACAGGCUGGAGGAGGGUCCUACACUGCUGAGUUACCCAGGUGAACAUCUUUUCCUGUGUGGCUCGUACCCAAAAAGUGCCGAUACAUGGCGGACACAAAUUUGUGAGGAGAGUAACAAAAGCUGUGAUCGAAGCGUCUUCAAGGAGACACAGCUUUGUCUGGCACUCCUAUACAGUCUGUUAUCCCAGUACCGUCUGAGAGAAGCCCAGGAGUUGGGGGACCACAUGGCCUGCCUGAUCCUGCACAGGGCUGGACCCCAGAAGGACAGCAUGACCUGCAUAACAGCAGACUCUCUUCCUUGCCCGUGGCUGCCGAUGGACCUUCACAGUGACGCAGCUUGUGCCGUGGUUCUGACCCUGGGGAGAUUCAUGGCCUCGUACUUCACCAACCAACCCCUCUACAUCCUGCCCCCUCACCAUGUGGCUGUCCUGCCUCCACUCCAUCUACCUCAUGCCCCUAGUGUUGGACGCUUGGUUCCGCUGUGCCAGGAGGAGGUUUCUAGAGCAGUGCGACGACAUCAGCUGUCAGAAGUAUGGACAGUAGGCUACGCUCAGGACCUGCUCCUGCUAGGGGGUCUGCUUCCUGAGGCUGUAUGGUUGGCUUACCAUCUUGGGGACUGGAAGACAGCAGCCUCUCUGAGCCUGGCCUAUACAAAUUACUGCACUGACCACUUUGACUUCACUCGACUCAGAAGGAGAGAGCUCCACCUCCCAACAGUUUUAAAACCCAAAAGCAUUUUUCAGGUUGAGUUGGAAUGUCUUCUUGGAAGCAAAUCUGUACUCUCCCAAGAGUGCAGAGAUAAAGAUGGUGACAAGAGCUUUACAGACACUUUGGAAGGAGAAGACUGGGACUUGCUACAGGUUUCCAUACAGGAGAUUCUGAAGGCCUCAGUCAUGGCUGGAGUGAAUGUUUUGUCCUCACCCUUGUCUUCCUUGCUUGACACAGCCAAAGACCUGUGUUCUUGCCUCCCUACCUUGGUGCCCAAUGGACUGUAUCUGCCUUCCCCACCUCUUUAUUGCCCUCAGCCUUCCCCCAACACACAGGAUCUGAUGGGGACAAUAGGGCAGUUUGCAGAAGUUGCAUCACGUCACAAAGUGUCAGGAGUUCUCCAAAGAUUACUGUUGCUUCUCAGAUCUGCGCGUUGUUGCCAUCCUGCUGCGCAGUGGUACAUCAGCCACCUGCGCCGUGCCAGACACCUACUACACAAGAUCAAGAAGAAAUACUCCUAUCCAUCAGCUGCUGUAGAAGAAAAGGCUUUUCCAGAGGGCCUGAUGAGGUUCGUCACUCACAGUGGAUUCUUCAGACGUGGGCCUAAUGAAGACGGUCACCUGGACCCUGACACCAUUCAAACCAUUAUCUGUUUCAGGGAGCUGUGUGCUCUAUGCUGGAUGCUUCAUGUCAGGGACCAGCUCUCCAUUUCCUGCAGGAAGUAUCAGGCUGCCAGACAGGAUGGCAGAGAUGAACAGAUCCCUGCUGGUUCAGAGGUGAGAUCCACCUGUGUUGAUGCUCUCCACUGGGCCAGUCGUGUGCUGCCUUUCUCUUGCUUCCUCAAUGCUGAGGAGAUCAUCCAGGACAUACUGCUCAGCCUCGUGUCUGAACUUCCUCCUCUCUCUAUGGUGGCUGACAUGCUGGUACGAGCCUUCCCAGAGGAGGAAGAGUCUGUCAGAGUCCCUCUGAGAGAAAAGUAUAGCUCACUGCUGCAAAGACUGAGGCAGUGCAAUGUCCUCGAGGGGGAAAAAGAGGAGGCGAAUGAGCUGAUGAUGAUUGUAAUUCAAGACAAACACAGGCAGAGAAGAAAACAUCUUAAGCGUUUGCAAAGGCAUCUGGGCUCCCCUGAGCUCCAUCUGUGGGAGAAAGAGGAGGAAGAGGAGGACAGGGGAAGCAAGCAUGGGAUGGCCGUGUUAAAGCAACUCUCACUGGGUACAAGUCUGAGCACCAGCACCUUGACUGACUGUGGGUUCCCCCCAGUAUGCAGCGAUGGAGACACAGCGGAUAACACAUCUGAGGCCAUGUCUCCUGAAAUGCAUAGCAAAACCAAGGCCAGGGGCAAAAAAGAAAAAAAGGAGAGACAACAUGCAAAAAAGGCUGCUGUUAAGAUUGAAAGCGUCAUUCAGGAGGAGAGUCACCCAGGUGACGCCAAGGGGAUGGAGCAGCCCACCCUACCGGUGGUUGGCACCUGGGAAUUUGAGCUUGAAGAUGAAGAGUAUCUAAAUUUCCUGGAGCUCUUCCUCAGCUAUGUGCUAGAGAAGGAUAGCACCGAUGGAGGGGACUCGGGCGGUGAACUCCCUUUGCUGAAGGGCUUUUCCCCCCAGCUGAGGGAGAGAGAGUUGCAUUCUCUCACUUUUGAUGUGCUCACAACUAUUCAUCGCCGUCAAAGACAUGCACACCAUCCAGACAGAAAGCACUCUGGCAAUGAUCCGCCAGUCUUCAGAGCUGGCUGCUGCUACAAGCCUGUGAAACGAUGUGCGACACCCGAGCUGCAGACUUCCUCCGUUUGGAGUGAAGCCCCUGUAUCUGGGACAAACCUUUCUGUCACCUCUCUUCCUGGAUUGAGAACUGGCAGGCAAAAAGGUUUGUUUGGCCUCCAACAGCAGAGAAGUGUGCCUUUAGGCCAUAGAAUGAAGGGAGGCCUCUUUGGUUCUGAAGCCAGCCCUAUUCGAAGUGCCGUUCCCACAGGGCAGCCACCAGAAAGCUUAAUAUUUGGCUCCUCAACUUGUGUGGAAGCCGCAAUUGAACUGCAACAGGGCCUGGAUUCUAAAUUAGAGGCCCAGUUUCCAGAGCUAGGAAGGCUGCUGGAGUGGAUGGUACGCUGGGCUGAUAGGAGGGUGCUACUAGGACAUCAUGGCAAAAAGAAGAAAGAGAGGAGAGAAGGGGUUGGAGGAGCAGCCAAUGAAGGAGUAGUAAUUCGUGUCAAAGCCUCUGCGCCCGCCGUCCUCACUUCCCUCAGCAUGCUGCAGCGCAGGUACACUGCUCUGCUUGGAUCUGACUGCUACAGUGCUCACAUCCAAGUUCCAAAAACACAAUGGACUGUGGCCCCCGUGCUGCAGCCUGGGGUGGAUAUGAAGCUGGAGAGAGAGAGCAGUGUCGAUACUGGUUACCCUGGAUCAGCCAACACACCCAACGCUGGUCUCGAUCACAAUCUACAGCAAGAAGAACAGUCCAUUGGUUCUCAUACAGAUGAACCAGAGGAACUGAUAUUGCAUAGGACACCUCUUCCACAUGAUGAGGAUCAACUCACCGUUGAUGCUUUGCAGAGACAGUCCAGUUCACAGCAACCAUCUCUCGAUGACUUAGAUGUUACACCUGAAAAAGAAGGCAAAAAUAGUGACAGUGAGGGCUUUGAAGUGUCGUCCUCUGUGUCUGAUGGAAACAUCUUGGGAAACAUCUGCACACCUGAAACGAGUUUAAAGCUUGCAGACCUGGACUUGUCAGAAAACACUGAAGGCAUGUCCAGUUCUGCCUUUCUCCACAGUCAUGCUACAAGCCUACAAGCCCCCCCACACCCAGAACCCCAAGCGCUUCCUACUGUCCAGUCUGAGGUCCGUGCAGAGCUUUCUGGUUCAAGUGCAGUUCUGCUCCCCAGCACACCUGUGGAUCCUCCCAGCCUUCAGCCACAAAGCUCCACAGCUGGUGCACCCACUGUGGAUUCCACAGCCCCCAAUCAACCACUAUCUGCUCAGACUUCACCAAUGAGGCAACGUCUGGGUGAAGACUUAUUCAGACUGGUCCAGAAUAUCAACUACAUGAGCCUGAUGGAAGUUUUGGGAGCUUCAUUUUCUAACCUGCAGCUUGCCCAGCAGAAUGCUUCCAUGGCCCGGUCUAACAUGAACUCCUCACAGCUUAAUGUGCCAUCAUCUUAUGCUACAAGUUUCAUCCCUCCACCAAAUGCCUUGCCCGGUCAAACCAGCAUUUCUGUGGCACAUCAGACACCAGCAUGUGCCCCCAGUUCAGGAUCCAACAACCCUGAGUUCAGUCAGGUCCCUGCAUGUAUGUUUGCAGACCAGUCUGCCAGACAGAGCUCAGGGAAAAUCUCUCAAACAGAUGGUCAGCGUCACACCACCAGGAAUCUGCCCUCCACUGCUAAUGGUGCAGGUGUAAACUAUCAGGAAAUGCAGCCACUCUCUGUCCAGGCGGUGUUACCAGAAAUGCAGUUCAGGGAGAGCAAAACGUUAAUCCCACAUUCACAGGGGCUUCUGGCCACUACUGACACCAGUGACAGUGCUCCUGUGUUACCGCCUUCUAAUGAUAGUAUACAAAAUGAUCCUGCUUCCCAGGUCUUGGGCCUGAAGUUACUUCAGCUCCACCGUCCUCCAUUGCCCCACCAGAUAGCCUCACACUAUCCUCCAGCCCAGAUGCUGCACACCGCGCACCCUGCAAUGACAAACUCCCAUCAGCACAAGUUUAGAAACGUCAACCAGUCCGCCUCAAAGAGGACAGAAGAGGAAAAAAGAAAUGGGUCUACGGUUCCAAAAAAACAACUUGGUUUCAAUUCUCCACAUGAUCCAACUCAGCCCAAGAUUCAGACAUCAGAGAGAUCCAGGGGGCAAGAGUUCUCGCGUCUUCCUCUAGCUCACACACCUGCGCCGAUGCAGGGCCUACGUCUGCUGCAAUUUCAGCCUGUCCCACAAAGCAACAUCACGUUCCCCAAACUACCCUUACCGUCUUCCUCCAGGCCCACUACUGUCAUUCGAGCUCCAAUGGGAGAGGCGACGAUCAAACUUCUACACAUAGAAUCUGGACCAAAAAUGAUGUUGCCCCUGGCAGCCCCUUCAGCCCAAAUGACCCGUCUCAUCUCUAUGGAGGAGUUGACAAGUUCAGUGAUCGGCAGGCAGAAUGCUGAUGAGGCUCAACCGCUGAUGCUCAAAGUGGACCCACCUAAGGAAAGCCCCAGAAGAGCUAACACUUCACCCAGCUCUAACUCCAGCAAGAGGCAGAAGAGGAGGGCGGAGAAGGCAGGGAGGUCAGGAAAAACAGAGGUCACAUUCAGACUGAAUGAGUCUAUCAUCCUCACACAAGAGCCAACAAAUAAGUGUGUCAAUGAGGAGUCUGCAGCUGCAGAAGCGAUCACUCCAGGACAGGAUGCUGCCGUUCCAUUUGUGCCAGGGUCCUUUGACUCUUUGCUGACUGGUCAGAAAUUAUUGGACAAGGCCAUGUCCACUUCAGCUGAGCUGCAUGCAUUUGCUUCCACUUGUAAAAGACCCCCAGAGCUCCAUGAUGCUUUCACCAACACAGACCCAGCUUGUCCUCCUACACUCGUGGAUAAAGCUGUGUCUGCCUCUGUGGCUGCUAGUAGCCCUAAAUCACAAAGUUCAGGAAAUAUGCAGAACAAGCGUCUUGCUCAAGACACAGAGGAGACCCCACAGGGACCAGAGAAGGAUCUGGAUCUGGAUGGCCACCAGUUCAUAAGUGUCUUGGAUCUAGAAGACGAAGCCCUGCAUCAGGAUUUACCACCCUGUCUCAGCCCAGGAGCAACAGAUGUUCCCUCCAUCUGUCCUUCUUCACCUACUUCUGCUCAGCUUCACGUACUUGCAACUUCUGUGAUUAGCAGUACUGCUGCUGCUGCUGAUCCACAACCCAUCAUCACAACUUCAGUGGCUCUCCCUAAACCCACUGCUCACACAGAUGUUCCUGAGGAGUCGCCAUCACUCAUUCACAUUGAGCCCAAUAUGGAUCCAGAGAGAAUCACUCCACAAGACUUGGUGGAUCCAUCUGACUCUGGAAUCUGUCAAGCCAUAAAAACCCAGAGCGGCCGACCUCACAGUACCUCAUCCACACCUCCUACAGUCUGGUUCUCCUCUCGCCUGUCAGAGCUGGAUGCUCAGUUGGCUGCUCUGCAGAACAUUGCAGACUGUCUGGAGAUGGACUUUUCCAACUCCAGAAUGCUGGUGAACACUAUUGAAAAGCUCACCCCAGGCUUGGCUCCUGAUGUGAAGACUACCACAGCAGUAAAAAAAACUGUCAGGCUGUCAGUCCCACAGGAAGCAUGGAUACCACGACUGGACACUUUAACUGAACCAAAUGCCUCUGAAGAGGAUGACGAAAAUCAGGAAGAAGAAUUUGUGGUUCAUAAUAACUCCAGUGCUCUGGAACGGAGGCCAUCUUUUCAUUUCCCACCAUCUUCUCGUGAUCACAAUGCUGGACCUUCCUACCUUCACACUCCUCCGAAAAUGAGAGAUCAGCUGGCUGAAGCAUCAGGAAUAUCUCCAGUAUGGGCAGAUGAGAAUCUGGGUCAGACUGGGCUAUCUGAUACGGCAGAACUCUUAGACGAGUUGGUGAAGGAAGGAUAUUUAUCCCCAACUGACCUGGAUUUGUCCAGUUCACAGACCGCACACCGUAGCAGCAGGCUGGACCGGCAGCAAAGCAGCUGGAUGUCACAGAGGCGUGUCCUUCCAGAGGACGAGAGGAGAGAGCUGAGGACCUGGAUGAGAAGGAAACAGAGGGAAAGACUGGCUGUUUAUCAAAAACACAGAGAGAAUCUGAGGGAGAGGGAGCGCAAACCUUUUUCUACCUCUGGAGGAGCAAAACCAGCAAACAAGAAUCGAGCAGGCAUUUGGAGAAGCAGAGAGGAAAAAGAAAAGUUCGUGCUUCUGGAGCAAUACAACCAGAGGACCCGUGAAGCCUGUUCUUUGGCAAAUGACUUUCCCACCAAUCCUCCAACUCUGCUCAGAUCCUCACGGACUCAAGGUUCACCACCGGCCUCAACUACACGGUCCAACUCUGCUCCACCCCCUGGUGGCGCUCCCAGGGCUUACAAUGCAUCUGCCAAUGAUAAAAGAAGUCUUAAGUCAGGACAAGCUCAACUCCAGCCUCGUCCAUGGACUGCUGAGAUGCAGGCACAGCCUUCAGAGGAUCACCCCAGGAGGUUGGGACUUCAUAGACCAGUGACCUCUCUGCCAAGGGACCGCCUGUCUCAGGUGACCAGACGUGGCAUGCUCACUGACAAAAAGAGCCACACUAAGCCUCAUACAGCCGGCCAGAGUGAUGUCAGAUACCAGAGAAUGACGGGGCUGAGCAGAAGCCCUGCAGAAGGGGCUGCUGCAGGGAGAGGGAUCCUGAGGGAACAGAUGAGGAUGAAAGGGAGAGAAGAGGUGAAUCUUUGGGAGCUCUCUUCAGAAAUGAAUAGGCUGCUGGGCCCAGAGGAGUCUGACAUAGUUUUGGCUGGACUGUUGGAUCAGCAGGAUGAUGGUGCCAGAGCUGGUGUGUCAGACAUGGACUGGCUGGAUCACCUUUCUGAGACCGGCAGCAGCAUCCUCAGUAAAAUAGACUGGGCCGCUAUCGAGAGGAUGGUGGCUACAGAGGAAGCUUGAUUUUUUUGUACAUACUGAAACAUUCCUAUUUCUAAUUAAAUGUAUGACAACAGA